CAGAGGGACUGGCACGGAGUAGAACAAGACUCUCGGCAGACAAUUGGAACAGGAAGCAAGGAAGGAAGGGGUCUUUCACCCGGAGGAAGACUAGCUAACUCAUUGGGAUUGUGACAAGACAGCCUCACAAUAACUCCAGAGACCACCCAUUGUUCACUAAGGAUUGGAAGAUGAACACCACAGUGAAUGUCUCCAAGGAGUGUGACAGAGAUAGCAGUGUGACAUCGGUGAUAUUCCCAGUUCUAUACAGCAUUCUUUGUAUUGUAGCCCUUGUGCUGAACUCUUCAGCUGCGUGGAUCUUCUUCAGAAUUCCCAGCACCACAACUUUUCUGGUCUUCUUAAAAAAUGUGGUGGUGGCCGACUUGCUGAUGUCUCUAACCAUCCCUAUCAAAAUCUUGAGUGAUGCAGGAGUGGGUUUCUGGCAGCUACGUGCCUUCUAUUGCAGAUUCUCUGCUGUCCUUUUCUACAUCACCAUGUACAUCAGCAUCUUAUUGCUGGGCCUCAUCAGCUUGGACCGCUACCUGAAGAUCGUAAGGCCCUUCGGAAAGUGUGCCCCGCAGAAGGUUCGGGUCGGCCAGAGGCUGAGUGCAGCAGUGUGGAUUGUAAUGCUGUCUCUGGCCCUGCCCAAUGUCAUUCUCAGCAACCAGCCCCCUAAAACCUCGGGGGGCAAACUGAAAUGCUCCUCCAUGAAGGGCGAAGCGGGGAAACUAUGGCAUGAGGGGUUCAACUACUUCUGCCAGGUCAUCUUUUGGGGCACGUUUGCCUUGAUGGUGUUUUGCUACACGUUCAUCAGCAAGAAGGUCUAUGAGUCAUACAAAGCCUCAAAGAGCAAAUCUCAUGCUGCAAACAGAAGAACCAAAGCCAAAGUGUUUGUGGUGGUUGGGGUAUUUUUCGUCUGCUUCGCCCCUUUCCAUUUUGUACGAGUGCCUUAUACGCUGACUCAAACCCGCGACGGCGGCGACUGCCGAGCAAAGAAAGCGAUCUACAUUGCCAAGGAAACCACACUGUGGCUGUCUGCAACUAAUGUCUGCCUUGACCCGCUUAUUUACAUCUUCCUGUGCAAAGUGUUCAGGAAGAGACUGAUGACCACGUUCUGCAAAGACCCCAGGGAGUCUUCCAAAUCCUCAAUGACACAAAUGGAGAUGUCACCAAUGGACCACACUACCAGGCUGUCACACAAUGACACAUCGCACAUCAAUCAAUGCACAUCAGCUUCAAGUUUCGACUGCUGACGUCUUUCAUACCUGGACGACUGUUUACUGUUGUCGUAUGCGGCAGUUCGUUUCGUUAGAAAGCUUGCACAAACUCUUAAAAUGAGCAGACUGUGAAUGGACUUGGACAAAUCAGAUGUGCCAGUAAUUUCAGUGUCUGCUGUUUCAGCGAAUGUCAUGCAAAAAUGUUUUUUGCUUACUCAUCCGACAUAUUUCCUUAACAAAGCUUACUGUCAAUUUCUGCAUCCUGUGGUUUAAUCUUGCUCAAACUGCACUUUCCCUCUGUUUCAGACUUACUGUAUUGGGGUGAAAAUAAUAUUGACAGAACACAUUUUAAAAGCUAUUUGUCAGAGAAGAGCUAAAUAAGAAUAACUGUAGCAAACCAGAAUCGGUUAGAGCAGUCUGAUGAUGAAAAUAAUGUGGUACUGAUCAUUGGAUUACUAAUAUUUUUGCAUUAGCGCGAUAUAUUUAUGUCUUAGUCACACAGCAGUCAUUUUAUUUCUAUAAAGCUCAUUUGAAUAAUUAUGUAACUUUAGCGGAUGAUGCCACACAUUUUACACGAGGUAAAGGCUAUGAUAUACCAGCUAUACCAGUUUUCAGAUGUAACUCAAAACUAGUUUUGUACAUGCAGAUCUAGCUUUCAGAUUCCAGGUCUGAGUUUCUGGGCUUGAAUUAAGCAUCUCAUAAAAACAGAUUAAAAACAAAGCAAAUCAGAAAAAGGGGUCAGACUACCAGCUGUUGUGAGCAGGCUGCAAAUUAUUGAAAAACAACAACCUGCUAUAUAGUACUCUUACAAAACUACUGGUAACUGUAAUUACACGGUGUUCCAGUUGGCUUCUGUAAGCACUGAUGAGACUAUAGGGCAGAUUUUAUGAUAAGUGACCCAGUUCUGCAUGUUUGCAGUGCUGUUUUAGCUUCAUAUGCCUUAAGUGAGGUUGUAAUAUAUACUAUAAAUUUGAUCAAAAAUAAUAUCAGCAUUAUGGGGGGAUUGGUAUCAAUAUUUUUUAGGAUUGUUGUUUCAUUUCUACCACAGAAAUGUUCCAAGUGCAGAAAAUUGUACACUCUAAGUCGUAUUCUGAAGUACUUUUUAAUCACCAUUCAUUUGUUCAAUUAUUACAUAUAAAAUCUGUUUUACUUUUUACUGCCAUGUUUUACAGUAAAAGGUUGUAAUAGUUAAAGACAACUCAUAGCGGUUGUCUUUACAACAAGCGCUCUGAAAAAAUUACCACAAAAACUCUUUCGGUGGUAAACUAAUCUUGACUGAUCUGUCUUCAAAAGACUGCUUUCUUCUUUUCUUAUUACAUGGAAAUAUGUAAUAUUUGUAAAGGAAAAAAAAGAAUUAUGAAAGUAUUUCACUGACAGAAUUAUAAAUCAUUAUAAGUAAAUAACAUUUUACUUCAAAGGUUAGAUCUUACUUAUAAUAAAUUCACCCUAAAUUUUGGAGAACUAGUUUAUGCAUGGAGAGGUGAUGGUACUAGAAGUCGCUGUUUUGCUGGUCCACUCUAACCUGAACUGUUUCUCUGUAAAGUUGUUUUUCUGAUUGUAAUGCACAUGUGUAUUUAAUGUUUGCAUAUCAUUUUCUUUAUAUCA